GGCGGCGGCGGCCGGAGCAGCGACUCGCCAAGGCUCUACCCGCUCCCACGCGGGAGCUGCCUGCUCCGUGGCCGGCCGCUGCUGCUGCCCAGUCCCGCUGCUUGGGAGAGACAAAGGGAGACGCGGAGGGAAGAGGCGGCGGCGCUGGGAUCCGCUGCGAGCGCCGAGGAGCCCCCCCAGGACCUGUGAGUGGCCGGUCGCUCGCCCUGCUGCUGGAGGAGCCCCGUCCUCUGCUGGUGCGUGUCUCCGAUGGCAAGUGACUCUCUGUGACUUAAAUGAGCAUCAGGGCACCUGUAUCACCUGGGACCGAGGCCACAGGAUGAUCUUAAUGGCCACAUUAAUUAAAUAAUUUUAAGGAAAAAGCAAUCUUCUUUUAUCUAGCUCCUGUCAUUCAAGUCUUACUCCCAUACAGGAAACCUAGUCGCAGACACUGAUAUUAAUUACCUCUCAAUCUUCCUGAAUGGAGAAAGGAAAUCAUCGUGAUCAGUUUUGAUUAAAUGCUCAGUGAGAGAAAUUAGCAGUUUCCAGGCUAGUUGAAAAGUGAGAUUUGGGAUCAUUUUUAAAAGGGAGGGGGAAGGACAAUCCAAUUUUUCUUCUUUAAAUCACCAAGGGUAAAAUGAAGGCUCUCCCCUUGCCAGUGAAGAUAACUGAAUUGCUUUGUUUGGCCUAAACACCUGAUCAUAAAAAAAACUGUGAACCUGCGACAACCUUCCUCUUUGCCUUACCACAGUCACUGAGUCACGGGCUGACAGCCUGACGAAGGAACCCCAAAGGAAAGAUGGUCGCCAUCAAGAAGAAAAAUCUGAAAAUGUUUACGCUUGCCGUAUUGUUUGUCAUCACGAUAACGUCAUUCUUGCUGAAUUACACUCACAGUUCGGUGCUGGUCACCUGGGAUCCCAAGCAGAUUGUCAUGCAGUUAAAAAAACUAAUGAAAUAUCCCCAGAGACCAUGCAGCUGUAAUUCGUGUGUUCCUGAGCUGGGACUUUCCUUCUGGUUCGAUGAAAGGUUUAAUCAGACUAUUCAACCUUUCCUCACUACUCGGAACACCUUCAUUCCAGAAGAGAGCUACAAGUGGUGGCUGAAAUUGCAAGGAGAGAGCAAUCCUAAAAAUAUCAAUGACACUAUCAAGGAAUUGUUUGAGAUCAUUCCCGGUGAUGGGGAGCAGCUGCUGGAGAGAGACACCUCCCGGUGCAGAAGGUGUGCCGUCGUGGGGAACUCAGGGAACCUUAGGCAAUCUCAGUACGGCCAAGAUAUCGACGCCCAUGACUUUGUGCUCAGAAUGAAUCGCGCUCCAACCGCCGGGUUUGAAUCGGACGUCGGAAGCAAAACUACUCACCACUUUGUUUACCCCGAGAGCUUCCGAGACCUGGCGGAAAACGUCAGCAUGAUUGUGAUCCCCUUCAAAACGCUGGACCUGCGCUGGAUCGUCAGCGCGCUCACCACAGGCACCAUAAACUUCACAUAUGCUCCAGUUCCCCGUAAAAUCAAAGUGAAAAGAGACAAGAUCCUGGUCUAUCACCCAGUUUUUAUCAAAUAUGUUUAUGACCACUGGCUGCAGCAUCAUGGAAGAUACCCCUCGACAGGCAUUCUGUCUGUGAUAUUUGCACUCCACCUGUGUGAUGAGGUGGAUGUGUACGGUUUUGGAGCAGACAGCAAUGGCAACUGGCAUCAUUACUGGGAAAACAACGCUGGCGGGGGGGCUUUUCGGAAAACCAUGGUCCAUGAUGGGGAUUUCGAGUCCAAUAUCACUUUGACUCUUGCCUCUAUUGACAAAAUCCGUUUUUUCAAGGGCAGAUGACCCUUACCAUAGGCAGUGAUUUGUGGCUGCAAUUUCCAGCAGGGGUCAGUUAGUGAAGUGUUUGAAGUGGCUUAUCGAAGAUGAUCUUGGGAGCUGACCAUAUUUGAAUAUGAGACUCUGCAGCUGAGGAAGGGUCUCUCACUGAUGUGACAAUCAUUGAAUGAAAGUAGCAUGCAGUAUUGGUUCCAUACUGCACUUGAUUUCCUAAUUUGAGAAUUGAGAUAUUGGGGACCUAAUCAUCAGUUGUGGGGAAUAAAUGAUGUGUGGAAUCAUAGAGGAUGUAUGGAAUUAUUCAGUCUUGAAAUACUGGGAGAGAUGUGCCUCUUGCUGUUAGGGUAAACUAGGAGAUCAUUUUCUAGGAAUUACUGUAUGUGUGUGUGCUUUCCUUGCAUAAGGCAGGAAUGCCCUGAAGAGGAGAGGUGAAAGCAGCUUCCUGAAUGUCCCACCAACAUGGCUGGCUGUGAACACUGUAGUAAGGAUUACCUCAAAAGAACACGUUCACUUAUUCUGCUGUUGAUCUUUUCUUUAAACCAUCUCUUCCCUUCACUGUCUCAUUUCUGGUUCUGCAUUAUAUUAUGGACAAAGGUGAUGUACCUGAUUCGCAAGGUGUAAUGGCUACUUCUGGCAAUGUAUCAAUCCACAUCGAGAAAUUCUGGAUCAUAUCCUUCAUCUCCAGUUAACUGCAUAUUUUAAUGUAGCAUCCUACACAGCCAUAAUGAGACGAAGAAAAACAAAAUAAGUUUGUGAUUGAAAAUGCUAGCAAAAAUUGGCCUUUUCAGCCACUGGUUGGUUUGGGUUUCUUUAAAUAUAAUUGUAUUUUAUUUUAUUUUUGAUAGAUACUCUGAAUGCUAAUUUUUAUUGAAUCCAUUCAAGGUAGAGCAGUGGACAUUUUUUUCUUUCAGUGGUUUACAUGUGCCUUUUAUAUUUGUGCAACAGAUGUAAUUUUUUUUAAAGACGAAAAUCCCUAAAUUAAAAUUUUUAUAGGAAAAAAAAUUAACCAAAGCUUAGUCUUUACAUGGUAUCAUUUUGUAUUCUAAACAAAUAAUAACACUUCCUGUAUUCUACUUGAUGAGGGGAAAAAAACCAAGGGUAGUUUUUAAAGGUAACUUUUACCUUUUAAAAAAAAAAAAAAAAAGGAGAAAAAAAUCCAAAAAUUGAUAGGACAUUUUUUAUUCUAUUUUUUACAACUUAGAAGGUGAUAUCUAUUUAAAUGUAUUUAAGUGAAAGUAUCAGGAUGGGAGCUAUAAAAGUGAACAGAACUGCAUGAGCAUCUUCCAGGGCAUAUCCUCUAUGUAUUGAUUCUAUGGUAUGAUCCAGACCUCGGAAAGAUUUGUAUCUUUAGAGAACUGUAUAUAUUAACAUUAUUACUUCUAUGCAGCAAGGGGUGAAUAAGAAAUGUUGUAUUGGAGAUUUUGUCUACACAGAUUCUUUCUAAAAUCUAUUUGACCUUCAUUUCUGUUGUUCAUUGAUAUUUUAAACAUGAGUUAAAGUAUGAAAUCGGGAGGGGAGGGUGAUUUGAGGACGGUAGCACUUGCUUCAUAAUAUCAUGAAGAUGGGAUUCAAGGAAUCUAUGAACCAUAUCCGAUACCCAGGGAAGCCAGUGCUUGUCUUUCCAGUGAACUUCAGUGGGCUCUGGAGCAGAUCAUGAAAGAGCUGCUGGUUUGAUAUUUUUCUUAUUUGUUUGUUUUUUGUUUGUUUGUUUUAUUGUGGUGAUUGGAAUCUGUGGUAAUUAAACACACACACAUACCAGCUAACUAAGAAAUAGCAUGUUCAUUCAUUAGCCAAUUUGGUGGCAGCAUCUGUUUUAGUUACCACUAUGUCAGUACCAUAGGUGAAAGCCUGGCCCCACUGAAGUCAAUGGAGUUUUGCCAUUGACUUCAAUAAGGUUUCGGUUGAAUAUUAGGAAAAGCUAUUUCACUAGGAGGGUGGUGAAGCACUGGAAUGAGUUACCUAGGGAGGUGGUGGAUUCUCCAUCCUUAGAGGUUUUUAAGGUCACGCUUGACAAAGCCCUGGCUGGGAUGAUUUAUUUGGGGAUUGGUCCUGCUUUGAGCAGGGGGUUGGAUUAGAUGACCUCCUGAGGUCCCUUUCAAUCCUGAUAGUCUAUGAUUUUAAGGCCAGGAUUUCAGCCCCACAUUUUUUUGCCAUGUCUGGUUUUUCUGAGUGUGUACAUUCAGAUUUAUAAUGCCAUGGCAAGAUCAGUCCAAUUCUCUCUAUUUAUGACCUCCAUCCUCCAACCACUUGCCAGUGUGAGUAACUUUACACAUGCCAGCUGGAUUCACAGAACAUGAAGGACAAGCUUCACACACUUCAUUUUCACAGUAGCUGCCAACCUUUUCCAUAACAGGACACCCCACACACACAUCCACGACUCUCCAUCCAUUUACCCAUGACACCCUCCGUUUAGCAAUAGGGGAAGAUUAGAGUUCUCGAAACCUGACACCUGUUAAUAACCCCGAUAUUGAGAGCUGCUGUCCUAGAAAGAUGGCCAAAAGAGCCACUCUCAUGCAUGUUUCCAGGAUAAGGGCAUGAUUCUGCAGUUGUAACAAAACUUAUUUUCUCUUCUAAAAUCACUUUGUAGAAGAAUGAACAAUAUCCACCGGAAUCAUAUUUUUAAUAUUACCACUUUUUAAUGAUUAUUAUAAUUCAGUGUUUACCAGGCAGGUGACAAACUACCCUGUUUCCCUCAAAAUGGUUGAUUUUAAAAAAAUACUCUGAGAAUUUGAUUUAACAGCAGUGUAAUCUUUUCAGCCUGUGCUUUGGUGGCUGGGUUUUGCAGACAUGUGUACAACAUGAAUGCUAUUUUUGCAUUUCUUUUGUAAAUGAGAAAGUUUGCUGAUAAAUUUCUAUUUAAGUCAUAUCUAGGAGAGACUUUCAAAGGGGCUUCUGGCAGUUCGGCACCAAACUGCCAUUGGCUUGUAAUAGAAGUUGGCAGUUUGGGGUCAAACUCCCAAUUGAAAAUCAAUGGGAUCUGGUUAUCUAACUUCCAGUUUGCUCUGAUCAUCCAACUGGUUUGUAAGUGAGGAGGCAGCAAAAGAGGACACUGGAGAAUUCCAUUCCUGCUGCCAGUAUUUUCAACUGUCGUCCUGCUAGGAACUGAGAACUUUAAAAAAAAAAAAACUAUAACAAUAAAUCUUGAACUGCAUUUGCUACCAAUGCACAAUCUCCAAUGCACUUCUUGAUUUCAUGGUUUGUUUUUAACCAAAAUGAAUUUCUUGAGCUUUUCUUUUUUUUUUUUUUUUUGCUCUCCAGAUGCUUCUUCCCAGUUCUCUUUCCUUGAAACACGUUGAUUAUUCUCAUCAGUCUCUGUCUGAUUGAAGGGAGUCUGAGUCACUCAUACUUCGACAUUUUAUUUAUUGUUGAAUUUUUCAAUUCAGUGAGAAUCAAAAUAAAUUUUUUAUUCUAAUCAA